CUUUUGUUUAGUAGUUUCGCAAAAAUGAACUUUAUUUCCGCACACUUUUUGAACGUUUUAUUUGUUGCUGUUUUGUGGAGACGUAAACUAAAUUUCUUAUUAUGGCCGGAAUAGGAAUGGCGAAUGAAACACAUCACGUGAUUGACACAGAAGUGUGUCAGUUAAAUGUGUUUGUACAGGUAAGACAAAUGUUUUGUCAAAAACGAUUUUCUAAUGUUCUCAAUAGUUUAGUUGUUUGAUUGAUUUUUGCAGUCCAGACACUGACAAUUUUUGCCUGAACGUCUUCGUAACCUUAGACAGAUUUUCCGUCAAUUCAAAGUUUUGGUUAUAUAGACAUCUUUUUAGUACUUAUAACUAAACAGACACCUUACUUCAAAGACCGUGGUAGUGUGAAGCAAAAUUCAUAUUUGUUUUGCGUUUGGACACGUAAAAUAGUAUCACUGAGCGUUUAUAAGCACGAGAAACUUAAUGUUUAUGUUUAAGGACUUCAUUAUUAUCACGUAAUGAUUUCCAACAAUAAAUGAGGUUGAUUUUUUGUAAAUAUAUCCUAUGUAAAGGAAUAAUUUUGCGUUGAUUUCAGAAGAACCAUACUUUUUAAUCAGAUCUGUAAUCCAAACGGAACAGCUUAAUCCUGUGUAGCAACCACACAGGUACCAAGAGCUCUAGUGGACCAUGAUGAGAUAGGAAUGAUAAAACUUCACAAGCGUUUACAGAGGUAAAUUAACAUGUUAUAUGAUGAGCAGACCUUGUAUAAAAAUAUAUUUGAUGACACUUUAUGUACUGAGGAACCACUUCUCCACAGUCAGGAUUAAUAAAUCUUUCUUAUGAGUUCAAAACAUUAAAAUGGGAGCUAAAAAAUAAUGGUCAAAUAAACUUAAUGUUGAACUUCACAAAGUGAUUGACUUCAUCCAAGACGAAAAAUACAAUGCUUUCCACAAAAUUUAAUUGACAAUAUUACGAAUAGCGGGUACCAUAAAAUGUAUUAAAAAAAUUUACUCGAAUACUAUAUCUUUUUGAUGUACGUAUUUGCUUAAAGUCACGCUAGUGAAGACAAUUAAUUUUGAAAUCAUAAUUAUUGUUGUAAUGAAUACCAUGAAUGAUAUGGAAGGUUUUAUUUUCCAUUGUUUAUGGUGAUUUAUUUUUUCAGGGCAGAAUUAUGCCUUCAAAACCCGUAUUUCUUACUUGUCAUGAUUUGGGCUGUAAUCACUAUCAAUAUGAAGAAUUUGUGGUACAUUCAAAAAUGCUUCCAAUAAUGCAACGAUCGACAUGGGUGCAUAUUGAUUUGCCAGGUCAAGGAGAUGGUGAAGAAGAACUACCAUCAAAUUAUGUGUUUCCUCCGAUCAAUCGACUACCUGACGCAUUUCGUGAUGUGCUAGCGAAUUUAAAAAUAAAAAACGUGGUUCUAUUUGGUGAAGGUGCGGGAGCAAACAUUUUGGCACGAUUUGCAAUUGCUUACGAUAAUCUUGUACUUGGAGCAAUAUUAAUUAACUGUACUGGAACACCGCCUACAUUUACUGAGUCGCUUAGAGAUAAGUUAAUGAAUUGGAAAUUAAGCUCAUCUGGUAUGAAUCCAGCCACUGAAAGUUUUCUAAUUGUACAUCGUUUCGGUUCGGUUGUUGAAACUGAGAGUGAAGUAGAGUUACGCAAUGCAGUUGAAAGUUUUCGUCAAAAUUUACGUCAUUCAAUUAAUCCGAAAAAUUUAAACAAGUUUAUCACAUCAUAUAUGCAGCGUAAAAAUCUUUCAGAAAGUCUUCCAAGUCUGAAAUGUCCUGUAUUACUAAUCACAGGAGCUUUAGCUUCACAUCAUAAAAAGUGUCGUCAAUUAUUUGAAGAUCUUGAAAAAAUACGUCGUGAUUCUGGUGGUCAAUCAGGUUCAAGUGAAUUUGUAAUGAUUGAUGAUGUAUCGAAUGUUCUUACCGAAAGACCGGAUAAGGUGGUUGACAGUAUGCAAUACUUUUUACAAGGAAUCGGCCUAUUAAGUAAUUUGAAAUUACAAAAAACACCAAUGCAAUUAAAUCGUCGAAUGUCAAUGGAAGAUUAUGAUCGACCAUUGGGUAAAACUCACUUUGUAAGUCGACUUUCACAACAAGUCCCUGAGGAAAAUACAACAUGAAGAAGAAACUUUAAUGAUGAUGAUGAUGAUAAUAAUAAUACUAAUAAUCAGUUGUUUUUUUCCAUUUGAGUAUAUUUAAGUGUAUGUUUUUAUCGCGUGAAAGGGUAACGUGAUGAAUAUUUUUUUUCCUUGUCUUUGCAUGCUAAAUAAUUCAGAUGGUAUACAUUUGUUUCUUUUCAGUUUACUUUUGCCCAUUUAUAAAUGCACAUAUAUAUAUAUAUAUAUAUAU